GUGAACGAUGUGUACGUCCAUGCGAUAACUGUGAAACAAUUGAUAAGUGUAACGUCAGUGUCUUUUGGUAAACAAUGCUUCGCAUGUGACAGCUGCUUAAAGCAUUUGUGAAGUUAUUGUUAAAGUUGUAAUCCAACGUAACGUAACGGUAACUAAGUGUAACGUCAGAAAGGAGGAGGUACUUUCUGAAUAACGUUAACGUUAGUCGGUAGGACUGGGAGAACAACGUACCGCUGUCUUUAUUUAAUUUGAUUUACUUAUAACGUUAACCUCAAUCAGAGAAGGCACCGCCACUGUGUUGUGAUGGACCCAUCUGAGAACCUGGACCACCCGGUGGAGGCUGUGGCUCUGAAUUAUGGUCCUGCUCCUGACGGCUCCACCGGACAGAAAGACACCCCGCCUGCAGACAUGCUGAGAAUAAAACAACAGAUGUCCAACCAGUGCUUUGAGAUGGCAGUACAGCUACAAGCGGGAAAGAGUAAGAGACCCUGCAGCACAUCUGAAGCUGAGAGAGAAUUGUCAGAUUAUGUUAAUGAGCUGGAAAGAGUCAAGACAAUUAGUUUUAACAGCACGUUGACACUGCACAGAAUGCAGAUGUGGCACGCUAUCGGAGAAAAACUGAAACAGAAUGAUUCAGAGUCCGUUGCCCUGAAAGCUGUGAAUGAUCGCUGCAUGGCUCUUUGUUCACAAAUAAAACAACUUCAGCAAGAGUCAAGAGAUGUUCAAGAUGAAAUCACAGAAAUACAGAAGAAGAGGCUCGAGAUGAAGCGGCUCGCACAUGAGAAAAUGAAGGAGAUGGAUGAGUUGAUGUCUAAGACGGGGAACCCAGAUACAGGGAAGUACAAAGCUGUGUUGGAGAAAGGCCAGGCCAACCUGGAGAAAUACAAAAAGAUGACCGUCAUGACACAGAACGUCCUCAGGGGCAUCCUCCUGGCCUGUAAAGUCAACUGGCUCGAUGAUCCCAAACUACGAGACAUCGCAAUGACGCUGGAGGAAAUUCCCAUUUCUGACUAGAGAAUGAAUCAUUUACUGCAUAUGUGUGUCUGUAUUAUAUUGUCAAAUAAAUAAUCAAUAAAAUUGCUA